GCGGCUCCUCCCCGCCGUGAUGCGCUCGGGAGGCGCCUCCGCAGCCGCUCCGCGGAGCCGCGCCGGGGCCGAGCCGAGCCGGGCCGGGCAGCGCAGGCACGGUUGAAGCCCCUCGGAGUGGUGCUGUCGGGAGGUGAUGGGUGGCCCAGGAGGGGUGCGGAGACGUGGAGGCAGCGUCUUGGGUUGUGUUGGGCGCUAUCCAUCAAGAAGGGACUGGGGGAGCGCCGGGCUGGUGUCGGCGUGAGGUCACGCAGGGGGGCAGAGGUCACCGACGGGUGCUGAGGUCACGCACGAGGUCACGCACAAGCCUGGAUGCUGCUGGGGGCCCUUUAGGUGUGCCCUAUAAUUCGGGGCUCCAUCCUUUGGAGAGGUGACCCUCAGCUGGAGCCGCUCGCCCCAUCACUCCCAGCUUCGUGCGCCCGGCCCCUCUGCAAGAUGAAACGGGCACCAACACCACCGCUGGGUGAGCUUCUGGAAAAGCCCUGGCUUGUUCCCUAAGCAAGGCCAGGCUGCCCGCUGUGAUUUUUGGGUGCGCACAUCCCCGUGCCCUCUUCUGAGGGGCGCUGGUACCAGGCACACAGCUCACAGCCCCCAGGAGCUGUGCCCCUGGGGAUGUUCUCCCCUGAGCACCAAGCUGCCGUCGGUCUGCACCGCCCCAGCGGGGUGUAUUUCGGAGCUGCCGGGAGGAAGAUCUCACCUUUGAAGGUGCCCUUGAGCAGAUGACUGACAAGGUGAUGAACGGGAGGGUGCCCCUGCCCGAAAAAGCCUUGUCCGAGGGCUAUGCCCGGCUGCGCUACAGGGACACCUCGCUGCUCAUCUGGCAGCAGCAGCAGCAGAAACUGGAGUCGGCGCCGCCCAACACGUACCUGAGCCGGAGCCGCAGCAUGUGGUACUCGCAGUACGGCAACGAAGCCAUCCUGGUGCGGGACAAAAACAAGCUGGAUGUCUCCAGGGACACGGGACAGUCCAAGUUUUGUGCUAUCAUGUAAUUCCGGUGGCUGGGCACCAGAAAUCUGCACGUGGAGACGAACCGGAGUUUGGAGGGCUCGCACCGUGCCACCAGACCUGCGGCUAAGGCCGGGCGUGGGAUCGGUCAGGAAGGCUGCUGGAAGUUGAUGUUAAUUUUUGCUGUCGGUAGCAUCUGAUUUUGCAUGUUGUUGAGUGUAUAUAACAAAACCAGCCUCGCUCAGGAACUGAUGAGCCUGUGUUUGCUGCCUAGCAUCAUCAGCAGGGUCCGUGCUGGACCAUGUGUUGCUUUAAGUGGCUUGUGUACCCUGAACAACACCCGCUGCCAUUUGGGAACUGGCCCCAGCAGGCACUGUACCUUGCUAGUCCUUAGGCAUUGCCAAAGCUCUGCGAACGCUGGUGGGAGACAGGCGAGUCUAGAUUGGUUUCCGCUGAGAUUAAGAUUUUAGGAAGAUUAUCUGCUAACACACACAGCCAGUGCUUGCUCUGCUUGCCCUGUCUGCCUUUAAUUACUUCCCUGGAAGUGGUCUCUUAGAACCAGGUCAUGAAGUUAAAUGAAAGGGGAAGAGGGAAAAAAAUGCGUUGAGAUUUUUAUCUGAGCCUUCAAAAUACUUAACAGGAAAGGUGCACUGCAGCUUCAUCCUCUGCACAGCAGAGUGCCCUUUCACUUUGGCAUUACAGAAAUAAAUUACAGACAGGACUUCUGGAGCCAGUGCAGCCGAGUCCCUUCCUGCAGCAAGAUCCCCAACCCCAUUAAAGCUUGCACAGGCCCCAGCUAAUGCUCCAGGAAUGCAUUGCCGGGUGAACCACCUGAGAGGGAGGGAUGGGCCUAAGAGCAACAGGAAGAAAGCUGCUGUAAAUACAGCUCCAGCCUACUGAGGUCUGCUUUGCACGUAGGUUUUAAUGCUUGUAGGAGCUUGAAAUGAUUUCUAAUUCCGGUUGGAUAACAUCUCUUGUUUUAGUAGAUUUGGUACGCAUCCAUUGCGUCUGGCAGCAUUUGUUUCAACCAACUGAAGGGUUUUAGGAGACAAAAAUACUACAGUUAUACCUCUCAGCAAUGGAUCCUGCUCUCAGGUUGUUGCUGUUGGAGCCGAGUCCCUGACUUCCUCAUGACAAGGUCAAGCUGAGAACCCAACCCAGCAAGCACCUAAACCUUUCUUAAAGACAAAGCAGAACCACUUCCAGGGCUGCUAAUUAUGUUCCCAGGGUUCAGCAUUGAAGUGUAACAUCGGGCUGAGCCCUGUGUGCUCAACCCAACAGUACUUGGACAUGGGCUCAACUUCCAGCAAAUCAGUGUUUGAUGUUGACUUCAAGGUGGAUUAUUUACCUGCCUAAAAUUAGGCACAGUCAGUACUGCUAUCAUAUUUAUCUAAAACCUCUCCCUUUAAGCAUUUCUCAAGCACUUUAUUUUUUUUAAUAUAGCAAAGAAGAAUUUUCUCCACCUCUCCCAUGCGCAUUAAAUGCACAAAUACUGAGGUUUGCUGAAGUUGAUGUGUUGAGCAGAACAUACCUGUGUUACUGUGAGAUCAGAGAGGUUUGGUGUACUCAGCCCUGAUCACUAUAUUCACUGCAAAACGUGGGCAGCUCAUUUUUUUUAACGUAACUAUUUAUGCAUGUGUUAAUGUUUGGUACCUUGUGUGUGCUCAUAAAACCAAACCUGCUGAGAUGGACCUCGGUGCUUCCCAGCUGUAGGCAUCGCUCUGCACACUCAAAGAGUCCUCUUGAUCUUGGCAGGACGAGCUCUAGCUGAGAAAUAUUUUCGGUGUAUGGUUUUUCAGCUGGGGAAGAAGCAUCCAGCAGGAUUCACAACACUAACUGGACUCAGAAAGCUGCUGGCAGGGCAGCAGAACCGCUGUAUGGAGCGGGCUGGUUAAGGCAGGGCACUGCCUGGGACAUGAGGCGCACCCGGGGCUCCAGACAGGUGAGCACUAAAAAAAAAAAAUAAAAAUGGGCAGGAGCCUGGCCCCAGGGCUCCCCUGGGAAGCACAGAAGCAACCUGGCAAGGCAGAAGUGGGCUCAGGGCCUUUCCAGCAGCCCAGGGGAGCGCCCUAAUCCUGGGAGAUUAAGGAACGAGGGAGAACAACAGCACAUCCCCAAAGCCAGCUGUUCAUUUUCUUUACUUUUCUUAUAGAAAAACCGCAUUUAUUUUUUUAAUUUCAGUAAGAAAGAUGAUUUAUUUUGGGUAUAAUCAGUCCCUUUUUGUUUAUGUGGCUGGUAAACCAAAAUUCAGCUUAAAGCGUUAAAACUAUUCAGGAAUAAAAGCUUAAGUGUGUGCAUAAGUUCUUCCAGGACUGAGGGCAGACAGGACAGUAGGAGAUGUGUGACUUGUUCUUCCCUCUCGUGCCCGUGAGUGUGAGUGCAGUUUCCGUAGCUGUGUCCUCAUUAUUCACAGCAGGUUUGUGGGGUGGCUGCUGCGAAGCGAGCAUUUCUGUAAGGCAGGUGGGUAGUGUUAAUGCACUGGUUUAAAAUGCUGUUUUAGCCUCUUUGGUUAAGUGCAUUAAAAUUAUUUAAACGCA